AACUGAUAAGUAAUGAGUAGUAACUAGUGUACACUACUACACACACUCUUAGUUUCGUAUUCUCACACACCUUGUCAAAUAACUUAAGAAAUGAAUACAUUAAUAGUUUGGGUUUUGAUAGGGGUCAACAUUCCCGGUCUACGAUCACAGAAUGAGAUGUGUAAGGACGGGAACGCAAUUUACUAUCCGAGUCAGCAAUGGGCAGGACCUCCUGGAACCUGUCAGCUUCACCGCUGCACCAAACUGAUAGACGGCAUCGUAGCAAUAUCCAUUCAAAGGUGCCCUGAAGAGAAACUUCAAGGCGUUAGCAAGACAGGGUCCUGCCAAAUAAGUGGUAUUGAUAGAAGUAAAAUGUACCCCCAGUGCUGCCCGACGAUAUCUUGCACGAGAGUGGUUGGUGGGCAAGCUCCGUGCAACCGCAAACAGAUCAAUAUGAUAGAUGAUGACUACUUGGAUCUCGUAUUGAAUUGAAAACAAGGCAUAAGACUACGAAGCCUUCCGCCGACAGAGGAGAAUAGUACUACUGUACCUACUUCCUAAAGAGUCACCGAAAGUGAAAUAAAAAAAUACCAAGUUUUCCUCUGACUCAAAAUACAUUUA